AUUUAAGGUCACCAGAUGGAACCUCCCGCCAAAAAGUCGCGCGUCCUGCGGACCCAUGCGAGUACAUGGCCACGAACCACGCUUCCCUCUCUGAAUGCCGCGGAGCACGACAUUCGUUUCCAGUGGAUUGACAUUAGUAUGUACGACGGAGAGCCGCUGGCUGUGAAUCCAUACUCGCGCACCCAACCAAUUCCCGGCCCUCGCACCGGCAGUUCGUCCAUCAUUCGAUUGACGGGUGUGACCGAAGAUGGACACAGUAUCAUGGCGCACAUUCAUGGUUUUGUCCCGUACUUUUACGCGUCGUGUCCUGACGGUUUGAAGCCGUCGGACUGCAAUAUUGUCCGUGAGGCAUUGGACGCUGCCGCCAAAAAGAAUCCAUCUGAUGCGCCUGCUGUGCAGUUGGUCGAAAUUGUCGAAGACAAGAUGUCGCUGUAUGGGUACCAAUUUGACAAGAAAGUGCGGUUGAUCAAGAUAUACCUGAGCCUGCCGAACUUUGUGCCAAAGCUUCGCACUGCGCUUGAAAGCGGAAUUACGAUUCCUGGGUACGGCACUCGCAGCUACCAAACGUACGAGAGCAACGUGCCGUACAUUUUGCGGUUCAUGAUCGACCAAGAGAUUCAAGGUUGCAACUGGGUCGAGCUUCCAGCGGCUACGUAUCGGUUUCGCACCCCCGAGAAACAAUUGUCGUUGUGUCAAAUGGAAGUCGACAUUGUGUACCUCAACUUGGUUAGCCACGCUCCCGUUGGGGCGUGGGGCAAGCUGGCCCCGCUUCGCAUUUUGAGUUUUGAUAUUGAAUGCAUGGGGCGGACCGGCCAGUUUCCGGAUGCGGACAAGGACCCGGUAAUCCAGAUCGCAAACGUAGUGUGGGAGCAAGGGGCGGAACACCCUGUCACGCGAAACGUGUUCGUCUUGGGCACGUGCAAGCCGAUCGUUGGGGCACACGUCAUGGAGUUUGAAAGUGAAGGCGACAUGCUCGAGGCGUGGGCGUCGUUCGUGCGCCAGGUCGACCCUGACAUUUUGACAGGAUACAACAUUGACAACUUCGACGUGCCGUACCUCAUCAACCGCGGCAAGGCGCUCAAAUUGACGCCGCAGUACCAUUGUUGGGGGCGCCUGAAGAAUACGCCCAAUCACAUGGAAAAGAAAGCGUUUCAAUCGGCGCAGUACGGCAAAAGCGAUAACAUGCGAACGACGAUGCACGGCCGGACGUCGUUCGAUAUGUUGCCCAUUAUCCGUCGUAACCAGCAGCUGAGCUCGUACUCUCUCAAUUCCGUGUGUGCGCAGUUCCUUGGACAGCAGAAGGAAGACGUGCCGCAUGGCAUCAUCAGCGACCUCCAACGCGGAACGGAUGACGACCGCCAUCGUUUGGCCGUGUAUUGUCUCAAAGAUGCCGUGCUUCCACUCACACUGCUGCAAAAGUUAAGUUACUUGGUGAACUACAUCGAAAUGGCGCGUGUGACGGGCGUGCCGCUCGACUUUCUCAUUGACCGCGGCCAGCAAAUCAAAGUGUACUCGAUGUUGUUGCGAAAAUGCCGUGGCGCUGGCCUGGUCGUUCCGAACUUGCCGCGUGCAGGCGGUGGCGACGAUAUUGGGUACGAAGGCGCGACGGUGAUUGAGCCCGUGAAAGCGUACUAUACGGUGCCUAUUGCGACUCUGGAUUUUGCAUCACUGUAUCCGAGUAUCAUGCAAGGAUACAAUUUGUGCUAUUCGACACUCGUGGCCCCCAGCGACAUCAACAAACUACCGGUCGAUGCGUAUCAGACGUCGCCGUCGGGGGACGUCUUUGUCCGAAGUGCAACGAAGAAGGGAAUCUUGCCGCUAAUUCUAGAAGAAUUGUUGUCCGCCCGUAAGCAAGCUAAGCGGGAUAUGGCGACGGCUCCGGACGCAAUGUCGAAGGCGGUGCAGAACGGUCGGCAACUCGCAUUGAAAGUGAGCGCCAACUCUGUGUACGGGUUCACGGGGGCCAACGUCGGCCAACUGCCUUGUAUUCCGAUUGCGUCGUCCGUGACUGCGUACGGUCGCGACCUGCUUCUACGCACGCGGGAGGAGGUCGAAAAAGUGUUUACGAUCGAAAACGGCUACAAGAACAACGCAGAAGUAAUUUACGGUGACACGGACUCCGUCAUGGUGAAGUUUGGCGUCGAAACUGUGGCUGAAGCGAUGCCGCUUGCCGAAGAGGCGGCGAAAUUGGUCUCCGAUAUUUUCCCAAAGCCUAUCAAGUUGGAAUUUGAAAAAGUGUACUAUCCGUACCUGCUUAUGAACAAAAAGAGGUACGCCGGGCUGCUCUGGACAAAGGCCGAAAAGUACGACAAGCUCGACACAAAGGGGUUGGAGACGGUCCGUCGCGACAAUUGCCUGUUAGUCCGUCGCAUGGUUGAAAGUUGUUUGAAAAAGAUCUUGAUCGAACGCAACGUGGACGCGGCCAUUUCGUACACCAAGCACAUCAUAUCAGAGUUGCUGCAGAACAAGAUCGACAUCUCGCUGUUGGUGAUCACGAAGGGACUGAGCAAGUCGACUGACUCCGACGACUACAAGGUCAAGCAAGCCCACACCGAACUUGCCGCCCGCAUGAAGAAGCGGGACCCGGGGUCGGCGCCCGUCCUCGGUGAACGUGUUGCGUACGUGAUUAUUGACAAAGGCAAGAAUGUGCCAUUGUACGACAAGGCGGAGGACCCAGUGUACGCACUGACCAACAACAUUCCCAUCGACUGCGACUACUACAUGUCGAACCAGCUACAAAACCCAAUUGAACGCAUCUUUGAGCCGAUUAUCGGUCUGUCCAAGGUCAAGAGCGACUUGCUCGCUGGUGACCACACACGAAAGCGGUCCAAACCAGGGUUAGUCCAAAACAGCGGCGGAAUGAUGAACUUUGCUGUCAAAAAGCAAAAGUGUCUCGGGUGCAAGGCGCCGCUGGGCGGCGACCAAGCACUUUGUGCGUCGUGCAUCGAACAAGAAGCUCAAGUGUACAGCAAGCAACUCAGCGUUGUCGUGGCCGCCGAACAGCAGUUUGCCAGACUCUGGACGCAGUGCCAGAACUGCCAAGGCAGUUUGCACCAAGAUGUGCUUUGUACGUCACGCGACUGUCCGAUAUUUUACAAGCGCAUCAAGGUCCAGAAAGAGCUGGGCGAGGCGCAGCUUGCCCUCGAGAGGUUCAAGUACGAAUGGUAGUCGGUAGGCAAUCAUCCCCCUCCCAAUUUAUUUGAGCUAAAACAACUGCCGGUGCACGUGACUCAAAAUCUCUCCUUGCUUGUCAGCAAUAUCGGGGUACUUGGCCAUCGUUUCCGCCCGAAUCAAAUCGACAACUCGAGU